ACAAACCCUAACCCGCUCCAUCAUCAACCAGCAGCUUCGCCUUCAAGGCCGCCGCACCACCCUACUCCCGCUUCGUCACCCUCUGCGGCGGCGCACGAGCAUCGAUCCGUCACCCCCGCCGCGUCCUCUCCCCUCCCCGCGACCUCGCGCCACAUUGGAAUCUCGUCUCGGAAAGCCAAUUACCUCCGAGAUCUUGCGAAGAAGUUUCACACUGGGGUUUUAUCUAAUGAUUUGAUAUUGAAUAUGGAUGAUAAGUCGGUGAUAUCCAUGUUGACAAUGGUGGAGGGGAUUGGGGCGUGGUCGGUGCACAUGUUCUUGAUAUUCUCGCUUCAUCGGCCGGACGUGUUGCCGGUGGGGGACGGGGGAGUGCAGAUGCUGUAUGGGUUGGAGGAGGUGCCCAGGCCGUCGCAGAUGGAGAAGAUUUGUGAGCGGUGGAGGCCGUAUCGGUCGGUGGGGAGUUGGUAUAUGUGGAGGCUGAGCGAGGGGAAGGCGGUGAGCGGAGGGAAUAAUGGAGGAGGAGCGGUUUCCGGAGUAGGAGAGAUUGGGCAUCAUCAGGCUUUGCUUCUGGAUAAUGUUCAGGUAGACCGAUGAGCAAGAUGGCCAUUGCCAAUGACUCUAAUAUCCGCAAUAAGAGAAAAGGUGCUGUGAUGGAUGUAAAACUGUAAGAGUGCUCUCUCUAUAUCUUUCAGGCUUUUGCUUUUGGAUGUAAUCUCUGGUGUAAAUAUGCUUUGCUUGGCAUUUGGUUCAAUCUUUGCAAAGCUUUAGGCAGAUUUGGGUUAGAGAGUUUUUUGUACAAUGCAAGUAUUUUUGCUGCCCCCUUAGCUUUUGGGGAUGGUAAUAUUGAAUCUUCAGUGAUUGUUGUUUUGUUCGAUCAACGGACGUGCUCGACUUGGGAGCUUGCAAGGACCCUAUAUUUAAUAAUGUAUCAGCAUUAUUGUCAAGUAGAAGAACAUAUAAUGUGAACCUAUUUUAUAUUUAAAUGGCAUUUUAGAGAUAA